AUGUCUAAAGUCAUCGCCGAUGCUAGAGAGUGGCAAUCGGCCCAAACCCAAAUCCCUAAACGAUCCUUAUUGGCUGGUGAUGCUUGCCGUCCUCCACCUCGCUCUGAACUGAUCCGAGUCUUCACCGACGGAGCCUGGAAUGAGGAAACAAGUAUCACAGGCUUAGGAUGGGUCUUCCUCCAACCAAAUGGAGAAGAAAUCACAUCCGGUCAAGCAGCUGAAGGCUCGGUGUCCUCCCCUCUUGUUGCCAAAGCCCUCGUGAUCCGAUCGGCUCUAGAUCAUGGCCUCUCCUUGGGCAUCUCAGCUAUGAUUAUCAACUCGGAUGCUCAACUUCUCACUCGAGCUAUCAACUCGCAGGCGAAAAUUAAGGAGAUCUAUGGUUACCUUUUUGACAUUAACGCUCUUGCAUCCCUGUUUUCGUCGAUUUCCUUUAUUUUCAUUAGUAGAUCUGCAAAAGCUGCUCUGCGUGAACUCCCACCUAUCUCCUUGUAUUCCCUUUAG